AUGGGUUCGACUAGUGCUACUUUGGUUAGUAUGAUUGAUGCAGGUGGCCCUUUAUUUUUGCACCCUAGUGAUUGUGCUAAUCUGUCUAUUGUUACUAUUAAACUUAAGGGGACAGAAAAUUAUACAGUUCGGGCAAACUCUAUGAAUUUAGCUCUACAAGUUAAGAAUAAAAUUGGGUUUAUUGAUGUUUCUUGUCGUAGGUCUACUACUGAUGAAGUAUUAGGUAGACAGUGGGAUAGAUGUAACUCAAUUGUUCUUACUUGGAUUCUAAAUUCUGUGUCUGAUGAACUGUAUCUUGGUCAUGUGUAUUCUAAGCUCGCUUCUGAGGUAUGGAGAGACUUAAAGGAAACUUAUGAUAAAUUUUAUGGGUCUAUUGUGUUUAAUCUAUAUCAAAAAAUUAAUUCAUCUAUGCAAAGUGGCAUGCAUGUUUCUGAAUAUUAUCAUAAACUGAAUUGCAUGUGGAAACAACUUGAUCAGUUACUUGCUUUACCUUCAUGUACUUGUGAUGCAUCUAAACAAUUUAAUGACUUUAAUCAUCUUAUUAAACUGAUGCAAUUUUUGAUGGGUCUUGAUAGUACAUACCAGUAUGUGAGAACUAAUCUUUUAACUAAAGAAACUCUUCCUACAGUAAAAGAUGCUUUUUCCAUUAUUUCAAGAGAAGAGUCACAUCUUCAUAUGAAAAUUUUUUCUGAAAGGAUCCCUAAUAAUACUGUUAGCUUUGCUGCUAAAACAAAUCAAGGUUUUGAUUCAAAGAAAAAGGGUAUUAGACCCCCGAAUCCCAAUCUUAAAUGUUCUCACCGUAACAAGACGGGUCAUACUAUUGAAAAAUGUUUUGAACUGGUUGGUUAUCCUACUUGGAUGACAUCAAAGAACAAUGGGAAUAAGGGUAGCAGGGUUAGUAAUAAUGUUAUUACUGAAACGUCUGAUACUGCUUCUCUAUCUUCUGCUAUGAGUUCUUUGACUAGUGAACAGGUGGCUCAACUUCUUAGUCUUUUGAAUGAUAAGUCAAAAAUUGAUGCUCAGAGCAGUGGUUUUGCUGGUAGGUCUGUCGAUUCUAUGUGUUUUAAUAGUUUUGUUGAUAUGUCUUGCGAAACCUCAUGUGAUCCCAAACCUGUUUACUGUUUUUCUAAUUUUUUCAAGGAUGGAAAUAGGGUUGGGUGGAUCAUUGACUCUGGGGCUAAUCAACAUAUGGUCAUGACUGAUGUUGGUUUUAUUAAUCAAAUUGAUGUAACUGAAUAUAAUAUAAAAGUUAAACAUCCAAAUGGCACUAGUGCUUUGGUUACUAAAAUCGGUGAUGUCAAGUUAAGUGAUAAGGUCAUUUUAUACGAUGUUUUUCUUGUUCCUGAUUAUUGUGUUAACCUUGUUUCUGUUCAUAAGUUAGCCAAAGAUUGCAAAUUAACUGUGACAUUUGAUGAAAAUAACUGUUAUAUUCAGGAUUCUCAAACAAAGAAAAUCAAGGUGACUGGUAAUCAACUUAAUGGUCUCUAUUUCUAUGGUAGCUCUUCUGUUAAGGUGUGUAAUGCUAAAUGUGAUGUUAAUCUAUGGACUCCAUCGUCGGUAUUGAAGGGAAGGUCUCCUUAUGAAUGUGUGUAUGGGUUUGAACCAGUGUUAGGUCAACUUAGGGUUAUAGGAUGUCUUUGUUUUAGUACGAUUUUAAACAAUUCAGAUAAGUUUAAAAGUCAUGCUGAAAAAAGUGUGCUAAUAGGUUAUUCAAAUGAAAAGAAAGGUUAUAAACUUUGGAGUCUUGAUCAUAGGGUGAUGUAUAUCUCUUGCGAUGUUAGGUUUUAUGAAACUAUUUUUCCCUUUAAAGAGAAAAUAACUUUGCCUGAUCAUGAUCUUACUUCGAAUGUUAAUACUCUUAAUUUCUUUGAUUUGUAUGAUUCUGUUAGUACUCCUUGUCCCAAAGUUGGCCCUACUCCCGAUGAUGAAAUCAUUAAUAAUCCUAUUUCUGAUCAUGGGUCUCAGCAGUCCAAUGUUGAAUCUAGUGAGACUUUAGGUAAGGCUGAUUCUCGGCAACCAAGUGUCACUGAUUGA